AUGCAGAGAUGUAUCCAAGACUUACGGCUUUCUGAUCCGCGCGAUAACAAGAAGCGUAUUGAGGGCACCAAGGGUGGUUUACUACAAGACUCAUACAACUCCCCCUCGACAACCCCGAGUUCUGACAAUGGCGCAGCGACUAGCAAAGCCAGCUGCUUGGGAUCGAGGGCGAUCCUGGCUGGUAAAACGCUCUUCGAGGAUACAAAUACUUGGGUUGUGCUCUCCGAGAUCAUCGCUAAUAUGUUGCAAGACCCCAGCUUAGAUUACGUGUACUUAAUCGUCGAUACGCUCGACGAAUGUGUAGCAGACUUGCCAAAAUUGUUCGACGUCAUCGUGCAGACUUCGUCAAUAUCUCCUCGUAUUAAGUGGAUUGUCUCUAGCCGCAACUGGCCAAAUAUCGAGAGGACCCUCGACACUGUAACGCAGAAGCUAAGGCUUUGUCUCGAGCUUAAUGAAAAAUCCGUCUCUGCUGCUGUUGCGACAUUUAUCCAGUUCAAGGUGGAGUGGCUAGCAAAGCGAAACAAAUACCACAAUGAUACACGGGAAGCUAUCCAGCAGUAUUUAACACUAAACGCAAACGGUACUUUUCUUUGGGUGGCUUUGAUCUGCCAAGAGCUGUCAAAUGUUUCGAGAUGGAAAGCUCUACAGAAGGUGACGUUAUUACCGCCUGGACUCAAUGCCCUCUACCAGCGAAUGUUAGACCAAAUCAUGCAUUCAGAAGAUGCUGAGCUCUGUAGAAGUAUACUGGCUGUUGUUUCGACUGUGUACCGGCCCGUCACGCUGGACGAGCUGAUGGCUUUUGUGGACAUGCUUGACAGAGUUUUUAGCGAUUAUGAAGCUCUAUCGGAGAUCAUAGGUCUUUGUGGCUCCUUUCUAACACUUCGGGAACGUACUAUCUUCUUUGUUCAUCACCCUGGUUCUAGCCAAGAAACCUCCAAUAAUGAAAGUAAUGGCGGUAGAAAAUCUGUUGAGGACUCAACGGUAUUGGUAGAGUGCACGAAAAUUUCAACAGCUAUUGUGCGAAAGAUCCUCUUGGGAUUGAAGGCUCCUAAAAACGAGGUUGAUGAAGUGAACACACAACCUAUCGUGGAUUUCGGUGUGAAGAACAGUUUAUCCAAAUGUAUCGAGGAUCAAUUGUGGCUGCAGUCUUCUAAAUGUGUUCACCAAGCAAAAAAAACGGCAUGGAAUUACAGGUUUCUCGCGUCUUGCUUUCGUAUUGUCCGCCUUGGCCAGACAGGCUGUAGUGAACCAACGGUCGAAAAUAUUGAUAAAACACUUUGGACUAUUCAGAGAUGGACCGUAGCAGCUGAUGCGAUAAAUAUGAUCGACGAUGGACUGGCAAAAACCUGGGGUGAGAAGGCGGAUUUGGUUUAUGAGGCUUUUGCUAGGCAGAAAUUUCUUCUUCACAAUUACUCAAGAUUGUCUCAAGAAAAACGACAAAUGACGCCACUAAUUAAAUGGGACAGUUAUGCAGAAGUCUGCAACGCUCUUAAACUUAAAUCCUACGCUCAUCGUGGUCUUCAUGUGAAGGAGAAUCUGUUCCGCCUCCCAUGGGUGUACAGCAAUCAGCUCGCAGAGAAGGACGAUCAUGAUUCUACCACUGAUAAACAGGAUGCGAUUGGCAAAAGGGCUGCUAGGAGUUUAGAGCCACAGGCAGAGGCGAAUGGCCCGCUUACCAAACGAAGGCGUGAUGAUUCAUUCCCCAACCACGAUUCGACCCCCUCUCAAUCAACGAACGGACCUGCAUUUAAGGAUCCAUCCCUCUCCGUACCGUUGACUGCAGUUACACACGAACAACGUAAAAUUAGUGUCAACCAUACCUUGGAAGAUGUGGACUUUAAUGGAACAUCUCAAAUGUCAGGCACUCUCCAGGUUGAGACCAUGAGUACGAACAUAGCAGUAAUGGCUGAUAUCAACAAGCUAGAGAGCACCUUUGGAGCUUGCCUUUUCUAUGAAGGUAUCAAGACAAGUUGGAAGAGACAUCAAGAAGGAGGCACGAGGUUGACCGAUACUGUCCGGUUGCAUCUUCCCGAUGGCGAUGAGGAUUUCAAGUUGGAGAUUUGGGUGUGUUUGUCAAUUGGGAAAACUAUUGCGGAGGCAAUACUGAGACCGGUCGAAGAGUCAAAGACCUUAUUACAGCGGAGAUAG